UAUAUUUUUUCUGUAUUUUUGAUUAUUUAGUUUUUUUUGCAAUAUAAGAUUUGGCAAAAUGGAUAGGAUUCCUUUACCAAAUUUGUUUUAUGAUUUGUCUCGGAACUCUGAAUUAGUUAAUAAUUCUCCAGAAAUGGCUUCUUUUGACGUGCUACUGCCAACAACACAAUGUUUAAUGAAGCAGAUGACUCCAUCUGAGUGCAGAGUUUUCCAGCAGUCUAUGAGUGACUUAUUGGAAAAGCGCUUAAAAUCGUUAUUACAUAAAAGUACUGAAAAUGAAUUUGAUUUUAUGUCAGAAGAGCAAACCGAACAAAAUAAAACUGUAGAACCAAAGAAAACAAAAAAACGUGUACGUUUUGCAAAAGAUACCAAACCCGGUAGUGGGGUAUCAGAUGAUGCUCAGAGCACUACGGACAGUGAGACAGUUCUUGAACCUCCUAAGCGUAAAUUUUUUUAUCCUCGUCUAAUACCAGUAUUAAAAGAACCAAAGCCGCAAAUAUGGAAUAUUACUAAUAAUUUUGAUGAAGAAAUAAUGAUUACAGAUAAUAUCACUGAAAAUAAAAGUUUUUUUAGAAGUACUAAUGCUGCAUCAGUUAAUAAAAAUGCUCUAAACAAGGUUCAAUAUUCAACUUUUCCAGGUAGCUUUACUGCAAACAGACCAAUGAAAAAGGUUAACUAUAGCUUAGGUUGGUUCGGCGCAAUAUCCGAAAUUAGCAUCACUCAGGGUCAGUGUACGUUCAAAGUACUUGUUACGGAAAAUGAAAAGAUGAUGAGUGGAAAUGCAAUAGGAAUGUUUUUAAAUGAAAUGCCAAGUAUAAAUGGAUUUCGUAUUGGUUUCUCUCUUGCUAGUACCGAACGUUUGCUUGGCGAAACGAAUACUUCGUUUGCAUAUUGUGAAUCUGGACGUUUGGCUAAUAACUCUAAAUAUAGUGAAUAUGGAAAACCUUUUGGUAUUAAUGAUGUGAUCGAGUGUACUUUAGAUAUGAAUGUUAAUCCAUGUACCAUAAAAUUUGUACUUAACGGUUUUAAUCUGGGCGAGGCUUUUGCUUUUGUUAAAAAUGAAGUUAUAUGCGAAUAUGGAUUAGUGGCACAUAUUGUCUCUAGAAGUUAUGAAUUUCAUGUUGUCUUCGAUGAUGAUGAAGAAAGAUGCGAAUGUACUAAAGAAGUUUCCUCAAAAAAAGCUAAAUUAAAUAAUAAAUCUAAUAAUAUAUCACCUAGUAAUAAUCAAAAGAGAUUUUCUAUUGGAAAAAAUGAUGAAAAAAGUAAAAAUAAAUUGUAUUGAAAAAAUUAUGGUGAAAAAUUGUACUAUCAAACGGAAAAAAUAUCUCAAAAAUAAUCACG